CCCCCGCCGUCGAAGAUUGUUGCUUUGAUUUCUUCUGAUUUUCCGACCGAAGGGAUGCACAAAAGUGUUCGCCUUUUGCCAAUUUGCCAGUAGCUACUGCCUAGUGUAAUCGGAAAAGAAUGCGCCUGAGGAGGAACUUUCUUAAACCACUCCAAAAGCCCCAACCACCAGCGCCGCCGCGACCACAAGAACCACUUAUUCCGCUUCCAGAGCCGCCGGAGACUCCACCACUCCCUACUCUUUCGCUCUCUCCCACCACUCCUUAUCCCCAUCACAACCACCAACUCAAUACCUUCCUCAAAACCCAUCUUGCCCAUCAACCCAUAACCCCCCAAACUCUCCUCCACUUCCUCAAAUCCAAGCUUCACCACCACCCCAUCUUCGCCCACUACGAUUUCCACAUCUUCUCAUGGGCAUCCUCUAUUGAUUCAUUUCAGCAUGAUCACUUGACCUUCCUCUGGAUGGCUCGGGCUCUGGCUUCCUCAUACCGCUUCUCUCAACUACGCUCUCUUCUCAGUUAUAUUGCUGCCAAUCCGUGCCCCUGUUCUCCAGGUAUCUUUUCUUGCCCUCAGAUGGAACCGCUUUUCAUUUUUGUUAUUAAAGCUUGUUGCAACGCUCGGCAGUUGAAUGAUGCCUCAUUUGCUUUUGAGACCAUGAAAAAGAUAAUUGACGGGAGGCCGAGUGUUCUUCUUUAUAAUGAUUUGAUUCAUGGACAUGUGAAAAGUGGCGAGUUUGACAAGGCAUUGGAGUUUUAUGAGAGGAUGUUGAGGGACAGAGUUAAGCCAGAUGUGUUUACAUUCAAUAUCUUGAUUAGUGGGUAUUGUAGGAGUGGAAGGUUUGAGUUAGGACUAGAGUUGUUCAGGGAGAUGAGGGAGAAGGGGUGUACUCCUAAUGUGGUUAGUUUCAAUACUUUGAUCAGAGGAUUUUUUAGGGAGAAGAAGUUUGAUGAAGGUGUCAAGAUGGCAUAUGAGAUGAUUGAAUUGGGAUGUCAGUUGUCAAGUGUGACUUGUGAGAUUUUGGUUGAUGGGCUGUAUAGGGAGGGGAAGGUUUUGGAGGCCCGGGACUUGGUGAUUGAUUUCUCAAGAAGGGAAGUGUUGCCAAAGGAGUUUGAUUAUUUUGGUCUCGUUGAGAAGCUUUGUGGGGAAGGAAAUGUGAGUAGAGCUUUGGAGAUGGUGUAUGAAUUGUGGACAAAAGGAAAUGUUCCGAGUUCUGUUGCUUGUACUACUCUAAUUGAAGGUUUGAGAAGGUCUGGGAGAAGAGAAGACUCAUUUGUGUUGAUGGACAAGAUGCUUAAAGAGGGUAUUCUUCCUGAUAGUAUAACCUUCAAUUGUGUUCUUGAAGAUCUUUGUGAUGUUAAAAGAACAGUGGAUGCAGAUAAAUUUAGAGUUGUGGCUUCAAGAAAGGGUUUGGAAGCAGAUGAAAUGACUUACAGAAUUUUGGUUUCUGGGUAUACAAAGGAAGGCAGAAGGAAGGAAGGAGUGGUUUUAGUUGAUGAAAUGUUGGAUAAGGGAUUUAUACCUGAUCUUGCUACUUAUAAUAGGCUGAUGGAUGGUCUCUCCGGUGCUAAAAUUUCAAGGAGAGUCAAUGCUAUUCAGAGUUGAAUAUCAGAUUUAAAAAUCAACAACUGUUCCAAAAUGUUGACUACUUGGAUUUCUUACACAAUGAUGAGGAAGGGCUGCUAUCUUUAAGGAGAUUUCAAGUUAAACCUCUGAUAAAAUAUGACGCUAAUAGAGCUAUUUGAUUUUUGAGGGAAAAAGACUCUCUAAUCAGAGUAGAACAGACGUAGCAGAUGUAGAAGCAUAGAAAGGUCGAUUGUAAAUUGGAAAUUGAUCUUCAACAAUUCAGCUGCAAAUCCUGUUUGAUCAUUUAAUGAAGUGGAGCCCAUGAGUUCAAUCCUCAGGACUGUAAUUGUGCUGGAGUUCCCUAGCAACUAAAGCUAAGUGCAGUUAACUAGGAAAAAUGGAGUAUUCCUUGAAAUUUAACAGUAGAUACAAAUUUGAGAUUGAAAAAUAGGAUAUCCUGCAUACAUUGUUGUACUUCAUUCAUUUCUGCAGCUGCUUACUUUCUGAUGAUCAGCUGAUGAGUAAUGGCGGAGGUACUCUCUACUUAUCAUCUGAGGUAGUUGAAAGAAAAGAGGUGACACACUGAAUAAUAUCACACUGGCACCUUCCAGAAAUCAUGGUAAUGAAGGUUGAAAACUCGGAGUUAAGCAAGUUGCAAGGCCAACAUCAGUUCUCGGUGCUACCAAUAGAUACAUUCUAUAUCAUUAUUGGAUUCAUAUUGUGACAUUUGUGUUUUAUUAAUGAUCAUCCUCUGUCCUGCUUUUCCUGCUACCUGUCCAGAUCAAGAAAUUUGAACAAAUUCAUGGUGCUAAAACCAGCAACUUGCUUCUGUGUGAUUUUUCUAAAGCUGGCGUACUGAAAUGACUGUAAUUUGUAAUUUUUUUUUUAUUUGAAUAUAUUGAUUAUGUUGAA